ACCCAGCCAUGGCUGACCAGCUUAUUGAAGAGCAGAUUGAAGAAUUCAAGGAGGCCUUCUCCCUCUUUGACAAGGACAGGGAUGGCACCAUCACCACUAAAGAACGUGGGACUGUGAUGCGCUCUCUGGGCCAGAAUCCCACUGAGGCAGAACUGCAAGACAUGAUCAAUGAGGUGGAUGCUGAUGGGAAUGACACAAUUGACUUCCCAGAGUUCUUGACCAUGAUGGCAAGGAAGAUGAAGGACACAGACAGUGAGGAGAAGAUCCAAGAAGCUUUCAGAGUGUUUGAUAAGGAUGGAAAUGGCUACAUUAGUGCAGCUGAGUUACGCUACGUGAUGACAAACUUAGGGGAGAAGCUCACCAAUGAGGAGGUGGAUGAAAUUAUAAGGGAGGCAGAUAUUGAUGGUGAUGGGCAGGUCAACUAUGAAGGGUGGAGUCCUGGGUGA